AGAUUGUCUAGCUAGCUAGCUAACAUAGUCAAGCCUGUCCGUGACUCAAGAGGACCCAGCCAAGUUGUCGCCAUAAUGACCAAACCAAAAUGGCUGCUCUCAGAGAUUAGUUGACAGUCCGCUGGAUUCGGUUUGAUUAGAUCCUUCUGUAUUUCAACGACUCUCUAAAAUGAAACGACUAAAUAAGUAGCACAACAGCAAGAGUCAACAUUAUUCAUACAACCACGGGUAAGACAUUGCAAAGAAAUCAACUUGAUGUUCCACUUUAUCAUAUACUACCAAGCCAGCAUUUGUCAGCCUGCGCUAAGCUAUCAUCAUCCAGCCAGGUAACUAACUGAUUUCCGUGGCUAACGGUAUUUGUUUUCUAACUGGACAAACUAUAGUAGACGUUCACAAGCUAUCGAAGCAUGGUCACUGGAUGCAAAUAGGCUAAAAUCAUAAAAGUUGCACACUAAUGCAUUGUUGCUCAAGCGUCUGUGUUUAUUUAGUUAGUUAGCUGAGCUAACGUUAGCAUGUUAAUAGCUACCUGAAGUUCGGCCCUUUCCACUUCCCAAUGAGCUCUCUCCAUUUCGAAUCGGGCCCAUUCGUGCUGGAUGUAAUGUAGAAUACCAGGGAUGGUAUAUUGCUGUGGCCGUGGCAUCUCGUCUUGCUGCUGCUGCCCCAUCCCUGAGCCACCUCCACCACCGAUUUGGGGAUUAACGUUGUUAUUCCCCUGCUGCUGUCUUGGGGCAGCCAUUCCAACUCCUCCGCCAGGGUGUUCAUCCAUUUUUAAGAAAAGGAAAGUCCCAGCUCAAUUUGCUGCUUGAAUUCGCCCCCCUCCCCCUUUCAGAUCAGUGUUCCCGUAUGAAUUUGACGAUGCCUUUCCCUGGAAUGGCUAGGCGGUUGUAGUGAGACAGGGCUAUGUUUUGGAUUCGCUCUCAGUGUACGGAUUUGUUGGCCGCCAUUAGUCCAAUCCUUGGAGUUGGAUAUGAGGCUCCUUACUGCCGGGGGGGGGGAUGUCUCGCGCUGCAUGAUGGGACAUACUCACCUUUUCUUUUUUUGGGUCAUCCAAAUACAUUAGCCUGGGCAUGCGUGAAUACAGUUACAAUCUGUACAACACACACAUUGUGAACCAGAUAAAUAAUAGAAAUAGGAUUCUAUCAGGGGUUGUUUGCAUGACUCAGGGAGCCAUCUCAUAUCCAGCACCAUGUUGUUGACUGAGUUGCUGACGGCAUUGUUUUCUGACUGCUGAUUGGGGAUCGAACGCUUUGAACACACCGACUGUGUCUUUGAACAAAAUAGUAUGCGGCAUCAUCUAGAUAUGUGUGCAACAAAAGUUCAACAUUCACCUUCUGCUACCAUUUCUGUCAACCCGUUUACACAUACAGUUUGACGCAUAUGUUCGACAAAUCCAACGUAUGCACCACACAGAACGUACUGCCACUGCCUCUACAACGCAAUGCAGCAAGGCAAACACAGCGUUCCAUUGGAAAUGAAUGUACUAUUGGUGUCCCAAAACGAAAAUGUCACAGUCGGUGUGUUCGAAGCGUUACUCGCAUCUGAAAUGUUGUUAGUUUAGCUUGGCCAUAGUCCUUCUGACUGCUGAAUGGGAUAUGUAGAUAACUGAUCAGUUACAGAUGCAUAAACAAACAAAAAAGGCUAUUACACAAAGACUUUGUGCAUGAUUUGCAAUUACACCAUUUAUUUACACUACGGGUCAAAAGUUUUAGAACACCUACUCAUUCAAGGGUUUUUCUUUAUUUUUACUAUUUCCUACAUUGUAGAAUAAUAGUGAAGACAUCAAAACUAUGAAAUAACACAUAUGGAAUCAUGUAGUAACCAAAAAAGUGUUAAACAAAUCAAAAUAUAUUUUAUAUUUGAGAUUCUUCAAAGUAGCCACCCUUUGCCUUGAUGACAGCUUUGCACACUCUUGGCAUUCUCUCAACCAGCGUCAUGAGGUAGUCACCUGGAAUGCAUUUCAAUUAACAGGUGUGCCUUCUUAAAAGUUAAUUUGUGGAAUUUCUUUCCUUCUUAAUGCGUUUGAGCCAAUCAGUUGUGUUGUGACAAGGUAGGGGGUGUAUACAGAAGAUAGCCCUAUUUGGUAAAACACAAAGUCCAUAUUAUGGCAAGAACAGCUCAAAUAAGCAAAGAGAAACAACAGUCCAUAAUUACAUUAAGACAUGAAGGUCAGUCGAUACGGAACAUUUCAAGAACUUUGAACGUUUCUUCAAGUGCCGUCGCAAAAACCAUCAAGCGCUAUGAUGAAACUGGCUCUCUUGAGGACCGCCACAGGAAUGGAAGACCCAGAGUUACCUCUGCUGCAGAGGAUAAGUUCAUUAGAGUUACCAGCCUCAGAAAUUUCAGCCCAAAUAAAUGCUUCACAGAGUUCAAGUAACAGACACAUCUCAACCAACUGUUCAGAGGAGACCGUGUGAAUCAGGCCUUCAUGGUCGAAUUGCUGCAAAGAAACCACUACUAAAGGACACCAAUAAGAAGAAGAGACCUGCUUGGGCCAAGAAACACGAGCAAUGCACAAUUAGACCGGUGGAAAUGUGUCCUUUGGUCUGUAGUUCAAAUUGGGGAUUUCUGGUUCCAACCGCCGUGUCUUUGUGAGACGCGGUGUGGGUGAACGGAUGAUCUCCCUAUGUGUAUUUCCCACCGUAAAGCAUGGAGGAGGAGGUGUUAUGGUGUGGGGGUGCUUUGCUGGUGACACUGUCUGUGAUUUAUUUAGACUUCAAAGCAAACUUAACCAGCAUGGCUACCACAGCAUUCUGCAGCGAUAUGCCAUCCCAUCUGGUUUGGGCUUAGUGGGACUAUCAUUUGUUUUUCAACAGGACAAUGACCCAACACACCUCCAGGCAGUGUGAGGGCUAUUUUACCAAGAAGGAUAUGGAAUGAUGGAGUGCUGCAUCAGAUGACCUGGCCUCCACAAUCCCCCGACCUCAACCAAAUUGAGAUGGUUUGGAAUGAGUCAGACCGCAGAGUGAAGGAAAAGCAGCCAACAAGUGCUCAGCAUAUGUGGGAACUCCUUCAAGACUGUUGGAAAAGCAUUCCAGGUGAAGCUGGCUGAGAGAAUGCCAAGAGUGUGUAAAGCUGUCAUCAAGGCAGAGGGUGGCUGUUUGAAGAAUAUCAAAUAUUAAAUAUAUUUAGAUUUGUUUAACACUUUUUUGGUUACUACAUGAUUCCAUAUGUGUUAUUUCAUAGUUUUUAUUUAUUCACUAUUAUUCUACAAUGUAGGAAAUAGUACAAAUAAAGAAAAACCCUUGAAUUAGUAGGUGUUCUAAAACUUUUGACCGGUAGUGUAUAUCAUUAUUUUGUUUUUUGCAGAUACACUGGACUUAGAGGUCACCAUGAUCAAGUUCCUUCUGAUGGUUAACAAGCAGGGCCAGACCCGCCUGUCUAAGUACUAUGAGCAGGUGGACAUUGAGAAGAGGCCUUCUCUGGAGGCUGAUGUUGUCAAGAGAUGCCUGUCACGCAAAAAGGAAGAGGUCUCUCUCUCAAUCACAUAAUUUUUUUACUCUAUUAGAAAUCACGUUUUUUUUGUUUACUUUCAGGGGUAUAACACAACAGUGAGAAGACAAUGCAUAAAUGGGGGCAUAGACAAGACAAUACAGGACAGAAUGAAAUCUAGUAGAAAUAACCUAGACCUUACAAGUCUGUUAUCAGUCUGUUUAGCUUGAAUUCCAGUCCUUGCCACUGAUUGUCAUGCUAAACAUUUUUGUUUGUAUUUAUGGUAUUCUUCAUGCUGAGUUAGUAGUGUGCCACUGAGCUCAUCCUGGAAUUCACAUCCAAGUAACUAUUAUUUUCUAUCUAGUGCUCUUUUGUGGAAUACAAGGACUUCAAACUAGUGUAUCGACAGUAUGCUGCUCUCUUCAUAGUUGUUGGUAUCAGUGACACUGAGGUGAGUUCAUCAUUUCACUGUUAUAAGUGUACAAGUAUUAGUGUUAUCAGAUUAAGGUUGAGAUUGUAUUAUUGUGAUUAUGCAUACAUGAUUCAUGGUGUGGGAUGUCCUUCUUUCCCACAGAAUGAGCUGUCAAUCUAUGAGCUGGUACACAACUUUGUUGAGGUUCUUGACACGUACUUUAGUCGUGUGGUGAGUUCAGUCUCUUUAUUCACUACUUUAGCACAUUCUUGCUGUAUACUAGAUUUACUUCAUGUUAACUAUCCAACCACCUGUGCAUAGCUCAGCAUUUUUAAGGUCAGUAUUUUCUGGGACAAAAAUACAUUACUCUAAACGAAUCGUUCCCCAUUAGAAAAGUAAAUACUUCACAUUAGACAGUUGUUUUCCAUUGGCAGAUGUGCUGUAUCCUGGUUUGCCUAAUAAUCAUGUAACUGCUUUGUGUUUUUCUCUCCUAACAGAGUGAAUUGGAUGUAUCCUUUACUAAUUAUUAUAACUUGUUUUGUUAUUAAUCAGUUUGAGGAAACAUGUCAUUGAAACAGAAGCAGGGGCUGUCUGCCUGUCCACCUUUGCAUUAGGGGCUUUUCAUGUGGCUUGCCAACAGUGCCAUUCCAGGCCUAGCAUUUAGUAUGGCACUGCACAGACUGAUGAAGACUACUGUCAUUGUCUGGGCUCAGUGGGAAGUCAGACUAGCUGGGGUCAGACCAGUCAUAAGGAGUGGAAUGCAACUACAGUCGGUGGUGUUAACAGUUCACUGUUAAGUUGUCAAAGUUGUUCAACCUGACCAGUGACAUGUUAAUGGUGUAGCCAGAGAUAACAAGAACAUUAUUCUUACUAAUGUAGAGGGCUCAUUGAGGGAGGAAACAAAUGGUCUCCUUUACACUGUGAUAGGGAAUAAAUGUGUAUUCAAUGUUGACAGUGAGAUUAUUUAAUGCCCUUAACUCCAGCUCAGAUCAUGUUCAACCUGGAUAAAGUGCACAUCAUCAUUGAUGAGAUGAUCCAGAAUGGACACAUAGUGGAGACCAACAAGAACCGCAUCCUGGCACCUCUACUAGCUCUGGACAAGAUGGCUGAGGCACAUUGAGCAGUUGUUUGAACCAUAGACUUAGAUAGACAUCGCAUCUGUCCAAUUAUGACGUCUUUAAGAGCACGGUCAGAGCCAUUGAGGCCAUCUCCAUUAUGUAGUCAAUUUUCUUCAAUGAGUUGGCAAACUGAAAGGGUGCACACUGCCACCUAGAGUUUGUUGUUUGAACAGGACUAAAGCAGAGGUUGGCGAUUUACUGCCACCUGCGGUUAUGGAAUGUCUCCUCACGACUAUAAUUCAUUGGCUGAUCCCUCCUGGUGACCUGGAUGGAAUUAUGUGAUCCUUGAAGGAAAACUCCUUACAUUUUGCUUUAUAUGGUGCAAAAUGCAUCACACAGGGAUGAUUUCUGUAUUUUAAUGCCGCAUUCAAAACAACUGGGAACUCUGAAAAAUACAAGGUCAAAUCAUGACGUCAGUGAUCUUCAGGUUGGAAAGUCGGAGCUCUAGAAAGAGGCCCAAGUUCCCGAGUUGGAUGACCGUUCAAAUAGAUUUUUCCCCAGUCGGAACCCCUUUUUGUUUCGAGUUCCCAGUUGUUUUGAACGUACUGAAGUCGGAAAUUCCCGAGUUCCCAGUUCCGAGUUGUUUUGAAUGUGGCACGAAAGUUGCUUAUCUUGAAAACUUGAUGGCUGACAAGCAAAACAUUUUGCGACAAUGUCAACUAAUUAAACAAAUACCAAAAUAUUGUUUUAGGGUGGAGUUUACCUUUAAGGCGCCACUUCAAAAUGGUGAAAGUUCUGACUGGCGCUGCCCCCUAGAGAAUGAGAGGCCUCUAGUGUCCAACAGGCCGUAUUAGCAUGGGCAGCGCCAUUGAGGGCUUCCACCAUUUUAAUGUAUUCAACUGGGUGAGACUUUCAACUUUUUGGAUGAUCCCUCCUGGUGACCCUGUUGAAAUCAUGUCCAACCAGGUCAUCAGGAGGGAUCAGCCAAUCGUGAAGAAAACUGACUACUUAAAAAUGGUGAUAGCCUCAAUGGCGCUGCCCAUGCUGUCACAGAUGCUAUAAUGCACAAAUACAAAGAUGAGUCGAUCUCUUAUGAGCUAUCCAUGCUAAAACAGGCUUUUGGACACUAGAUCUGAACAAACCAGGACUAUUUCCCUUUGAAAAAGGGACACAUUGCCAUCCAAAUGAUUUAUGGACUUCAUACUUGAGUUUAUCAAUAAUAAUCCAUUGCAUAGAAUAGGGAUUUGUUUUUAUACAGUAGCUAUAGUAAUAGAUUGAACUGUGGUAUUACACGUACAUUUUGCCUUGGAGCUUUAAUGUGCAUGGAAAGUUAUUCAGGUCUUUUUUUAAAUGUAAAUAAACAAUACUUUUCAUACUUUGCAAACAUUUUAAUGAUUAUUUUCGGAGCAUACACAUUUGAAAAUAUCUGUUUACUUCAAACUGCAACUUGAGUUAAAUAAAUGUUUAUAAUAUACAAAGAAAAUACAAGGGAAAGCAUAGCUUGCUUUUUUUCUUUUUAAAUGUGCCUUGCACACAGAACCAGUGUUUUUGUCUCUAGCUUUAUUGUCAAAUUACACAAAUGCACUCAGGGACUUUGAUCCUUAUAGCAGGGUAAUAAACAUCAAAACACUCACACAGUAACGAAAGCAAAAUGAAAAGGAAAAAUAAGCAUGUGCAUCAUGAUUGUAUGAUGUUAGAUGAAGUAAAAGGAAAAAGAACAUCCUAAUAUUCAAACAAUGCAGGCACUAGUAAACCUUAACCUGGUAAGGAAAUGCCAAAACACUACAGUUAGCUCUACAGAAGCAGAUGCCCUUCUCCCCUCACAUCACGCAGGGAAAGGAAGGAGGUUGACAGCCGGGUGAUGGAGAGAAGAUGGUGUCAAUCUGAAAACCCAAAAAUCUACAGAGAACUUGUACACAGAUGCUCACAGCCAGAGUAUGAGAGAGAGAGAUAGUAAACACUGUAGAACAUGAGGAAACUGUCUGCCCCGGCUUCCAGUUGCUCAAGCCCUUAAAGCAGCAGAGUGCCCUGGGGAGGGAGGGAGCUGUGACAAGUAAGCAGGUGGGUCAGAGGACAGGGGAGGAAGGUGGGGGGAUGCCCCUGGUCUUAUCUGUAUCAGUAGCUAUUGAGUUAACAUGGGACUGUCUUCCUAAAGUUUUCAGGGGGAAAGGACGGGGGAGAUUUAAGGUUUGGUGGGGUUGGGAGGAAGGGGGAAGAUCUCAGAGAGCACAGCAUGUUUCUUUUUCUGCAACAAAUCACAACAGGCUUCACCAGCAAGGGGGGUUGGUCAGUCAUUAUGGGGCAGACGGAGCAUGCUCAGUUGAGGUGGAAGCCCUUCUCCAUGGUAGCAGCUAGGAGGCGCUCUCUCAUGAUGUCUUCAGAGGAAUACUCUGGCAGCUUCAGGUAGUGCACACAAGUGUUAACAGAGGGAUAGCUGGAGUCUGCCGCAUCCACCUAGGAGGAACAAUUAGGUUCAUUGCAUUGCAGUCACAGCCCUGCUCUAUAAUCCCAGAGGACUGGAGUGGCAGAUACAAGUGAUGGAGGUAGCGUCAUUACAAUACUAUGAUUUAAAGCUGAACAGAAUACAUUUCAUUUCAAACAUUCCCCAAAUUUCUACUGGCAGCAUUUAUGAAACAUGUCAAUAUCAACCUCAUUAGGAUGGCUUACUGUACUACAAGGUUGACAUAGUUUCCUAAACUCAGCAGUGAUUGGCCUCAUGGAGAGCCUUACCUUCCGAACGAUGGUGAGGCGUGGGUGCAGGUUGGCCAAACCACCAGGGGGCAGAGUGGAGCAUCCUGUGGUGAACUGGAGGAAAGCUUUCCUCUCGUCAGAUGACAUGCCACAUAGCACCCGCACAAAACGCAGGAACCCAGGACUGUGGAGAGGACCAGAACAGACAGUUAAAAAGGUCUCUCCAGCAAAAUAUGAAAACAACAAGCUGUUAGAUAGUGUCAGUUGAUGUACUGGUGCAGUAGUGCAGGUCCCAUGUUCCUCCAGGAACUAAGUAAGUGACGUUCUGUUCAUGUUAGCGACUUCGCCAUUUCAGUUCUUGUCAUUUGAACCCUUUUUAAUCACGACUAACACAGUCAAUACAAGGAGAUCUAAUGUCAAAUAAACUUUUUUCAAGCUGGCCAGAGUAAUUUAUCUAGUCUACAAGCUGUAGUAGAUACGAGUGCCAUCAUACCUGUCCCGAGUGUAGCCCAGCUUGGGCUCUGUGUAGUUCAUGACGUCCUCAGAUGUCCAGGAAGGAGACUGGUUUCCACAGAGGAUCAUCUGCACCUCCUUGUGACUGAAGGAGCUCAGCUUCUCCAUUGGGAACACUCGGUUAAAGCCCUCUGAGAAAAGAACCGUUCAUUUCAUUACAUUCAAAAUGUAGUGUGCAAACACAAAUUAAUUUGUUCUAUGUGAUGACUAAUGCUAAUCUGUGUGUUGUUUCAAUAGGCAUACCUCUGAAAGCCUCCAUUUGUUUCUGGAUGCCAGUGUGCAUAGAGAAGUCAAACAUGAGCUCCACAUACUCCUCGGCAUUCUCCAUGGUCACCAUCUGGAAGGAUUAACAGAGAGGGGCACAGGCCAGAUUAAGACACCACUCAUCUACCCAAUAAAACUCAGGUCAGAGCCAAUAGUGGUGCAGUUCUCUACCUACCUCAUCAUUUCCAUUGGGCUUCAGAUCCACUGCUGAGAACCCAUGCACUUUGGAUGAAGGGCAGAACUGGAAAUUCAAUCUGGGAGAAAAGGGACUCAAAAUUAGCCAUGUUGAAUGACAACGUUACAGCUGUCAAGGAACAAAUAAUUAAAUCAGCAUAUUGGGAAACUGACAAAGGUGAUUAUACAUAGCCUACAAAACAAUGUAAUUAGCACAAAUGUCAUUCUAAUUCAGGAUAUUAACCAUUGAAUUUUUGACUAAUUUAAGAAGCUCUCUCAGUAAGAGUGGUGGUAGGCACUGUGCUCACCCCAGGUCCUCUACACUAAGCGGGGGUCCAGAGCCCAUGGGGUUCUUCAGCAUGAGGUCCUGCAGCCUAGUGUUCUUCUCAUCCUCAGACAGACUCUUGUUCCCUAGGAUCAGCCUCCUCUUCACCGCCAGCUCCUUCAUCUCCUUCAGGAACUUGGCCCGGUGGGGGUUGACCAGUUCAAAGUCCUCCCAGUUCAGGAUGCCAUGGUACCAGGCUGGGGGCUUGGGUUUAGGGGGGUCCAGGAUGAACUCAGACUUGGAGUCCUCGUCAAAGCUGCCGAUGGAAUAAGUGUCCUGGCUCUCCUCGGUGGACGCCUCCGACUGGAUCUCUGAGAAGUGGCGGUGCUGCUCGGUAGGAUCGAGGAGGAGAGGGCCCCCGCGGGAUGCAUAGAGCAGCUUGGACAUGUUGCUUUUAAUGUCACCCAUGCAAAGAAGCUUGAAGAAGGGUCGUGAGAUGGGCAGGUCCACCAGGCGGUUGUCCUGGAUGCACUUGGCCAGGAAGACCCCAAGGAAGAGGAAGAGUUUGCUGAGGCGCUCCAGCUCAUCACUGUCUUGGGGGAAUGGGGCGGGGAACAGGCCGCAGGAGCGCUGGACGUAG